AGCAGCUUUAUCGCCGUCUCACACCGUCGUCUUGAAAAGACGUUGCGGCUCUGCUCUAACGCUCACCUCUAAUCGCUGUUCCUUACUUAAUCUUUUAUUUCUAGUAUAUCUCUUCUUCUGCUAUCGCUUGUCACCAUGGAUGCCGAUCGCAAAGCAGACAAGACGUCUGGCACCCCCAGCAAGUCAGAGGCGGCAGUGAAGGGCGCGAAGCCGUCGGUGGCGGUCCCUGCUGGUGGUGCUGGCGGCGGUGGGACCCCCGCCUAUGCCGGUGCAGACGGCGUGCCCUUGUCGCAGCCGAUGCCGAUGCCGGCCCCGAUGAUGCCCUACUACGGUCAGUACGCCGCGAUGUACGCCAUGCCGCCCGGUGCGGGCCCGAUGGGCUUCCCGAUGCAGCCGCCACCGAACGGAGGCGCGCCGCCCAUGUGGAUGCCGGGGAUGGUCCCCGUCCCACCGCAGGCCGGCAGCCCGAGCCAGCCGAUGGCGGCGCAGCCCUACGCAGCCCCCUACGGUGCCGGUGCCCAGCCGCUCAUGUACGUGCCGAUGCCCUACAGCUAUCCGCCGUACAUGUCCGGGCCGUCUCCCGCAACGAUGGGGACCCCUUUCCACGGACAGCCGGUGAAGUCACCGGGGCAAGGCGCCGCCCCGCCGUACGGUGCCGUUGCUGCGGGUGCCGCCGUGGCUGCCCACCCGCACCCCGCCCCCACGGAGCCGGCCAUCAUUUCUCCGCCCUCGGUGCCCUCUCCUGUGAGCCCGAGCGCCGCCGCUACCGCUGCCGCGGCUGCCGCACCGGCGGUGACCCCCAUCGAGUACGUCGUGAUGCCGCUGAUGCCGAACACGAUGCUGCCCCCGGGCGAUCCCUUCUGCCCUGCUGGAGUGACGGUGUCGUCGCAGUACGCCGUCUCGUCGCUGCCCAUCCGCACCUCCGCCGUGCCGGAUCGCGCGCUGACGAACGGCGUCCAUAAGCCUGUGAACCCUGCCCCGUCUACCGCGAAGCCAGAGACGACAACGUCGCCUGCGUCUGCGACGACCGCGGCUGCAGCCCCAGCCACCGCUUAA